AUGGCCUAUGACCGCUACGUUGCCAUCUGCAAGCCCCUGCACUACGGGAGCCUCCUGGGCAGCAGAGCUUGUGCCCAGAUGGCAGCAGCUGCCUGGGGCAGUGGCUUUCUCAAUGCUGUCCUGCACACGGCCAAUACAUUUUCCCUGCCGCUCUGCCAAGGCAAUGCUGUGGACCAGUUCUUCUGUGAAAUUCCCCAGAUCCUCAAGCUCUCCUGCUCAGGUGCCUACCUCAGGGAAGUUGGGGCACUUGUCUUUAGUGUUUCUUUAGUUUUUGGUUGUUUUGUUUUCAUUGUGGUGUCCUAUGUACAGAUUUUAAGGGCAGUGCUGAGGAUGCCCUCUGAGCAGGGCCGGCACAAAGCCUUUUCCACGUGCCUCCCUCACCUGGCUGUGGUCUCCCUGUUUCUUAGCACUGGCAUAUUUGCCUACCUGAAGCCCCCUCCAUUUCUUCCCCAUCCCUGGAUCUGGUGGUGGCUUUUCUAUACUCAGUGUUGCCUCCAGCAGUGA